CUUUGUCUUAACCACUAGCCGGAGAAAUGAAGCACAUUAUCAAUCUACAUGAAAACAUCAACGAUACAGCAAGAAAUAAUUCAGACUGUCCUCAUGUGGUUUUGCCGGAAGAGAUAUUUUUUAUAAUAUCCAUCAUCGGGGUUUUGGAAAAUCUGAUGGUCCUUCUAGCUGUGAUCAAGAAUAAGAAUCUGCAGUCACCCAUGUACUUUUUCAUUUGCAGCCUGGCCAUUUCUGAUAUGAUGGGCAGCUUGUAUAAGAUCCUUGAAAAUAUCCUGAUCGUGUUCAGAAACAUGGGUUAUCUCAAGCCUCGGGGCAAUUUUGAGACCACAGCAGAUGACAUUAUGGACUCCCUGUUCAUCCUCUCCCUCCUUGGUUCCAUUUUCAGCCUGUCUGUGAUAGCAGCUGACCGCUACUUUACAAUCUUCCACGCUCUGCAGUACCACAGCAUUGUGACCAUGCGCCGAGCCAUCGUUGUCCUGACGGUCAUCUGGACAGGCUGCACAGGCGGCGCCAUUACCAUGGUUAUCUUCUCUCAUCACGUCCCCACAGUGAUCACCUUCACGUCGCUGUUCCCUCUGAUGUUGGUCUUUAUCCUGUGCCUUUAUGUGCACAUGUUCUUGCUUGCCCGUUCCCAUGCCAGGAAGAUCUUGACGCUUCCCAGAGCCAACAUGAAAGGGGCCAUCACACUGACCAUCCUGCUUGGAGUCUUCAUCUUCUGUUGGGCUCCCUUUGUCCUUCAUGUUCUGUUGAUGACAUUUUGCCCAAAUAACCCUUACUGCGCCUGCUACAUGUCCCUCUUCCAGGUGAACGGCAUGUUGAUCAUGUGCAAUGCAGUCAUUGACCCCUUUAUAUAUGCCUUCAGGAGCCCUGAGCUCAGGGAGGCAUUUAAGAAGAUGAUCUUCUGCAGUAGGUCCUAG